GCCAACAGCUGAUUUUCUUUGGCAGAUAAACACAGACCAGUCAGAAGAAAGAGACAGAACACAUAACAAGGGACCAGCCUCAUGUCUCUGUCCCAGAUUACCCCAAGCCUUUUCCUGGGCGGAGCCGAUGCCUCUCUCAAUCGAGCCCUCUUGACACGUAAGGGCAUUACCCUCAUCGUGAACGCCACCCUGUCCCACAGCUGCCCCACAUACCCAGGAGUCGAGUGCGUACGCGUGGCUGUACCUGAUCUUCCCACUGCGCGUCUGGGCGAGCACUUUGACCGAGUGGCAGCACGCAUUCACAACAACCGAGCAGGUGGAACGCUGGUGCAUUGCGCGGCAGGCAUGAGCCGCUCACCUGCUUUGAUCAUGGCCUACCUCAUGAAGUACAAAGGAGUGACCCUGUGCCAGGCGCAUCACUGGGUGAGGCAGAGCCGACCUUCGAUCAGCCUCAACGCAGGAUUCUGGGACCAGCUUCUGGACUACGAAAAGAGACUUUAUGGGAAAAAUACAGUCAAAGUUGCCGCUCCAUUGGAAAUUCCUAAAACACCAAAAAUGGUGCCCAGAUACAGUCCAAGGGUGUGUCCAUCAUCUCCCAGGCUGGGCUGGUUUAGAAGAUAGUCCUGCAAUUUAAAAGAAUGUUUGGGUGUCUUCACAUUUUGUAAAGAUUUGGUUUAGUCUGUUUAAGCUCUAAAGUUUAGGGCUUUCCAACUUUACUUUAUUAAAUUUGACUGUUGUCACCUAAUUAUUAUAUUUAACGCUUAAAAUGUCAUUAUGUUAUUUUAUAUGUUAUACUGUGUUCAGAAGUUGACUCACUGAAAAGGGCCGGAGUUCCCAUCAGGACGUAUUUUUCUACUGAAGAGAAGCAGUUGUGUGUAUAGAGGCAAUGCUAUAAUGCUGUUUACUAAAAAAAUAUGGAAGUUGUUCAUGAAAAUACUGUUUCACCAAAUAUUUUUA